GCCGCGUUCAAAAAUACAACAGGUCCAAUAAAAGGAGGAACAAAUGGCAUAUAGACAACGUAUAUUUACAAAAGACGCACUGGAUGGCAUAUCACGCGCAACCACACACACACACGCAAUCGUAUACAGAAAGUCAAUAACUGCGCGUAGGCGUCGCGCAGAUCUCACGCAGCCCAUCCCUCCCAAUUCCGGGCGUCCUUAGUUCUCUUGUGUUCGUCUUCGACGUCAUUGACCAUUGCCUUACACGCCCCGUUCAGUUGGGUGCUGCCAGACUACGCAUCUUGUAGUAUUCCAGUGAACAGCGUCUAACACGCGCGUAUUUUCCAUUUCAUUAAUUAAUUUUUUUUUUUCCCUUUACUACGUUCACAAAAAAUAAAUAAAUAAAAUAAAAUUAGCAAAGUGAAAUUGCAAUUUCAUUGAGUGUUUAUUUUUAACUGCGCCAACAUGUCGACCACUGUCAAGAGCCGGACACCUACAAAAGAACUGGCUCGUUCCGGCGGAGCGGACGACGACAGCGGUCAGGAAAUGAUGUUCCUCAACGGUAGCGAUACCGUGACGACGUCGUCCGGUGAUAACCAAAGUUUGCGACCUAUUCCAAGAGCAUUAGCGGCUGAGGCCGGACCGUCGCGAUCCCAUCCACCCGUUGCGGUAGGAUUGCCGAAGAGCGUGGUCAACGACGCCGUGCUCCAAGUGGCCGAAUCGCUACCCGAGCGUCAAAAAUGGGAUAACAAAUUACAAUUCAUGUUGAGCGCUAUUGGAUAUUCCGUCGGAUUGGGCAACGUUUGGCGUUUUCCUUAUCUCGUCCAGCAAAACGGAGGCGGAGCUUUUUUGAUCCCGUUCUUCGUCAUGCUCCUACUGGAAGGUAUUCCGCUCUUCCUGGUCGAAUUGGCGCUCGGACAGAAAUUGCGUCAAGGUUCGCUCGGCGUUUGGAAUAUCAUCCAUCCGUGGCUGGGCGGUUUAGGUAUCGCUUCCACCUUGGUGGCCUUUCUCGUUGGCCUCUACUACAACGUCAUCAUCACCUGGUGUUUUUACUACCUGUUCAACUCCUUCCAGUCUCCGCUACCUUGGUCAACGUGUCCACUUGAUUCGAAUGGAACGGCUGUUAAAGAAUGCACGGCGGCCACUGAGACGGCCUAUUUCUGGUACCGGACUGCGCUGGACAUUUCACCGAGUGUCGAUCAACCAGAAGGCAUCAAAUGGUGGAUGGCUCUGUGUCUCUUGUUGUCUUGGAUCAUCGUCUAUUUCAUCACGAUGCGAGGCAUCCAAUCUUCCGGAAAAGUCGUCUACUUUACAGCCCUCUUCCCCUACGCUGUUCUCACGAUUUUCUUCAUUCGGGGCAUCACACUCAAGGGAGCCGGAGCCGGAUUAGCCCACAUGCUACAGCCUCAAAUGCAUAAAUUACUGGACCCGACCGUUUGGCUGGACGCGGCAACCCAGGUCUUCUAUUCGUUCAACAUUGGAUUUGGUUCGCUGAUCGCGUUCGGCAGUUACAAUCCGCCGAGAAACAAUUGCGUCAAAGAUACUCUCAUCCUGUCUGUUUGCAACGCAGCCACAGCCAUUUACGCCAGUAUCGUCAUCUUCGCCAUUCUUGGAUUCAAAGCUGUUCGCUCGUACGACCUGUGCGUUCAACACGACAAAGGAUUGAUUGGCGAAAGAUUCCCCGGUCUCGUAGUCAAUGGCAGCCUCUCAGAUGAAGCAUAUGCAAAUUUCCUGGAAUUCCGCGAAGAAUCGAAAGAUUUGGGAUUGCGAGGCUGUAAUUUGGAAGCCAUCAUGAACGAGUCGGUAGAGGGAACGGGCCUGGUUUUCAUCGUCUUCACGCAAGCCAUCGUCGAAUUACCGGCGGCUCCCUUUUGGGCCAUCCUCUUCUUUCUGAUGCUAUUGGCUCUUGGUGUUGGUUCGCAGAUCGGCACUCUCGAAGGUGUCAUCAGCACCGUCUUCGACAUUCAAAUAGUCCGAGGGGCCCGCAAAGAAGCCGUUUCCGCCGCUGUGUGCAUCAUUAGUUACCUGAUCGGCCUACUGUUCGUGACGGGAUCGGGAGAAUAUUGGGUCAAGAUCUUUGACUCGUUUGCUGGAACGACUGGCUUGAUUUUUAUCGCGCUGCUCGAAUCGAUUGCCGUCAUGUACAUCUACGGUCAUCGAAAAUUCUCGCAAGAUAUCCUGCAGAUGACGGGCCACAUGCCUGGACCUUAUUGGCAAAUUACUUGGCGUUUUGUUGGUCCCGUAUUGAUCAGCGUCUUGCUGGUGGCAUCCAUCAUUUAUCGUUCGUUCGACAAACCGGCCUACUAUGCCUGGAAUGCCGAUGAGGGUAAGAGCUUGUUGACGCCCUAUCCACAAUGGGUGUUGAUCGUUGGCGGUUUGCUGGCCACCCUGUCGGUCUUGCCCAUUCCCGUUGUUUUCCUGCUGCGGCGCUUCCAAUUCCAUCGGCUCGAUACGGAUAUUAACAAGGGCGUCAUACGGCGAAACGAGACCACCAUUUCUACCAAACAAAUGAUGACUGAUGUCGACGAGUACGGAGACAACGCCAUUGAAGAGGAAGACGAAGAAGAGGCUUUGGGUCGCUUGGAAAUGACGACGUCCAAUCGGACAUUUACCAUUGGCCAUCGAGAUGAACACUGAAAUGAUUGGUGAUGAAUCACGAAAUUCGCUUGUCGAUAUAUUCUUUUAACUAAGGCGGUCUUGGGUUAUAUAUUGAAAUUUCAGUUGGGUGAUUGAUCUUCUUUCGUUUGUGACGAGACAAUGAAGACAAAUAGUUUUUUACGAGUAAGAGGGGUUGGGGGGGAAGGGUUGAUAAAAAUGAGUGUAGAUUGUUUGUAAGAUCCAAUUGGUUAAUAACGUCCAUGCCUAGAUUUCAAAUGAAAACAGAGAUGUGAGUAAUAGUUGAUGAUCUCAUAACUUGAUAAGCUUUCAAGAAUGUCGCAAACUGCUGAGCAGCUAAGGAAGAAAACUUUUGGAAGAGAAGCGGCGCCGUGCGCCGAGCGUGAAAACUUAUGAGUUUCCAUUAAAUUAAUGGAGAAAGGAAAAGACAAAAAAAUAUAACGAAUUAAAAAAAAAAAAAAAAAUCUUUUUAAAAAAUCCAAGACCAUUUCAUUUUCUGCAAAGCCAGACGCAAACACUUAUCGCUAAGGACAAAUGAAUUAUCUAUCAGAUAUUUUAUAAAUUUUUUUUUUUGGUUCGUCUCAACUUUCGAAUAUUUAAGAAUAAGAUGCAAUAGUUUUAUAUGUUAAUAGUUUCUUUGUCUUCAAAAUGUAUGGACACAUAUACACACAAGAGACAGCAUAUAAAGAGCACAUUCCUUUACAUAUUUACAUCCAUCUUCUAAGUGCUGGCUCUGGGAAGUUUACGUGUACUUUUUUUUUUUUUGGCAAGUUUAGGCAACAAAAAAAAAUGACCAAAGGAAAUGGGAAAC